UCUUGGGCCUGCUCCGCUCUUCCUCCCGCCUCUGCUCGGCUCCGAGCAACCUCGCCCCAGAGCGGCCUCCCUGGACCACCGCCUACGAUCUCCAUUUCCGUUACUUACACUACGAAGGCUCUGCUCGCCUGACCUCCCCGCCCCGGCUUUACGAGCACAAGUUCCUCUAGGGCAGGGCUGUCUUCUCCCCCGUCACCCCAGCUCCUGAAAGCACGGGUCUGAAGAUGGCACGAUUGCGUGAGGCGCCCAGCAGGAUGGAUCAGGCUGAGCCUGCUUAUGGGAACUAAAGAAGAGUUUGUUAAAGUCCGGAAGAAGGAUCUGGAACGGCUGACGACUGAAGUGAUGCAAAUACGGGACUUCCUACCCAGGAUACUAAAUGGGGAAGUACUGGAAAGCUUCCAGAAAUUAAAGAUUGUAGAAAAAAAUCUAGAAAGGAAGGAGCAAGAAUUAGAGCAACUGAGAAUGGAUUGUGAGCACUUUAAAGCACGCCUGGAGACUGUGCAAGCCGACAGCAUGAAAGAGAAGGAGGAGAAACUGGCUCUUCGCCAGCAGCUGAAUGAAGCGAAGCAGCAACUCCUGCAGCAGGCAGAGUAUUGCACAGAGAUGGGGGCAGCAGCCUGCACUCUGCUCUGGGGCGUCUCCAGCAGUGAGGAGGUCGUCAAAGCCAUUCUGGGAGGAGAUAAAGCUUUGAAGUUUUUCAACAUCACUGGUCAGACAAUGGAGAGUUUUGUGAAGUCACUGGAUGGGGAUGUCAAGGAGCUCGAUUCUGAUGAAAAUCAGUUUGUUUUUGCUUUGGCUGGAAUUGUGACAAAUGUUGCUGCCAUAGCGUGUGGUCGUGAAUUCCUGGUUAACUCCAGCCGGGUGCUCUUGGACACCAUACUGCAACUUCUGGGAGACUUGAAGCCAGGACAGUGCACCAAACUCAAAGUGCUAAUGCUGAUGUCCCUGUACAACGUGAGCAUCAAUUUGAAAGGCUUGAAGUACAUCAGUGAGAGCCCAGGGUUCAUCCCUUUGCUGUGGUGGCUUCUGAGUGAUCCAGACGCAGAGGUGUGUCUUCAUGUUUUGCGACUUGUCCAGUCAGUGGUUCUGGAGCCGGAAGUCUUCUCCAAGUUAGCCUCUGAGCUCCGGAGCUCCCUGCCCCUGCAGCGCAUCCUGGCCAUGUCCAAGAGCCGCAACCCCCGCCUGCAGGCCGUGGCCCAGGAGCUCCUGGACGACCUCCGAGCUCUGGAGUGUGAUGCGUAGGCAUGUCCCUCCUCCUUCCCAGGUCCCAACUUGGUGUUCUGAACCAUCACUGAGGGCCAUGUGUUAGAGAUGGCCAGAUGUUCUUGACUAGAGAUGGACGUGAAUGAAUAUGUAUCCACACACCUCCCCCUGGAAGUGAAGGUACUUGUGGGUGGUGAGUUAACCUUGCCAAGGGGAGCCCGAGAAAGAACCCAUCCUGUCGCAGCAGCCAUGUCAGCUGUGCUGGCUUCUUAGAGGGCUCCUGCUGCUCAGGGGACUUUCUGAGACCUGUGAGUCCCCCCAAAAUGGGAGAUGAAGUAACCACCAGCCCUGAGAUACAUUUAAUUGAAAAACAGUUCAUUCUUUCUCUAGUAAUUAUAACUAAUGCCCCAAAUGCAAGUUUACCUUUAAACUUUUGGUGACUUGCUAGUUCACAUGCCAUUGGACAUUUUAGUUCUAUAUUUUUGUGCCUCUUUUAUUUUUGAAUAAAGAAAGUCAGAAGAAUCAUUGAUGUGCUCCAACUAUUGUUUUUUGAAAUAUUACAAACUUGAAUUGGGAAGCUGUAUCUGACAAUGAUUGGUAGGAGAACUCUCCUUACAUUGUUCUGGGUCCUUUAUAAACUCAGAAUAGAGUCCACUGUUUCAUAUAACAAAU